AUGGACACCUUUGCCGGCCAAGCCCUCGGUCGGCGGAUGAGCAAAGGGGACGCUAACCGAAUCCUUCGCUCAGGUUUGGAGCCCAGCCAGCUGUCGCAGCUCGACAGCGCGGCGCCAUGGGUGCUCGGCAGCCCCAGCCCGGGUCCCCGUCGGAGGGCUCGGAAAGCGGAGAGCAUUUGCGGGAGCCCCAGAGCGCCCCAGAGGGCUUGGGGAAUCUUGAGCAUGGGCCGCAUGGGUGCCAGCACAUUUUCUGAAUGCGCCGCGACACUGCGUGGGCACCGCAAAUGUGCAAAUAAGAAGUCCUUGCCACUUGAAGCAACCAUCUACCCUCUACCAGACCAACGCCUGGCGCAGACGGCCUUGACGAGCUCCUAUCCAAAGCUCGAAGGUCUGCAGCCUGAGCCGGCCCAGCCUUCCCUGACUGGCAGUGUUCAGCAGGUUCCUUACCAGACGCUGCUGGCCGGGCAAAGUCCCAGGCCAUACUACAGCUACACUGCACCGCCGCCGGCACCACCGGCAAUGCUCGCCAGGGGCCAGCCGACGUCCACUUACGUGCAGCCCAGCUCCACGGGCUAUCGGUACACGCCCAGUGUGCCGAGCAGUUACCGGGAAGGUACAACUUCGAAUCUCGGCAGCUUCAACGUGCCAGCGACACCGGCGGAAGGUGCUCCCUUUCGCUACUCGCUGCCUGCUGCCUCAAGCCCGACGCGGCAUCCAGGGCCUCCCACCGAGCCGGUUCAGCUCUCCGUCCCGCUGCAGCCGGCCGAGGCGACGAAGAAGGCCGUGCAGUCGGGCGAAGUGCAAUCGAUGGUAGUUCCCGAUUUGCGACUCCGGUAUGAAUGGUCCCAGAUGAAGAGCGCGGCGCCUGCCAGCCAGGCGGGGAGCAGUAGAAGAGCGCUGCUGCCCGCAGCCAGAGCACCCAUCAGUCUGCCGGGUGUUGUCCAGAACAAGCUGGCGGCCUCGCUGGCAACCUCUCAGCUUGUGGCUACAGAGUCUCCCAGCGUGGAACACGUAGAGAAGCCGGCGGUCGAGGUUCUCUCGCCGGCGCACGGAUUGCUGCGAACCGACCUUGGGAUUCAACUUGGCGUCGAUCUGCCAAAGGGGCUAACAUCGCCAGAGGCCAAAGCCGUGCCGAGCUACGCAGCAUCCAACGGUGGCUCGUCCACCGCGCGCUCCCUGGGCAGCCCUGGAAGGCUUCGCAGCAAGCUGCCUCCGGCAGAUGAAGGUGGCUCUCAUGCGGCCGGGCUCUCGAAGCGCCUCUCUGCCGGAGCCGACGACGUGGUCAACACCCGGGAUCGCUAUAGGGGAGAGCCCAAGGCGAAGAAGCUCGGAGGUUUCUUCGACUGCUUGUCUUGCUUCUCAGGUUUGUUCCAGAGGAAGAAAGAGGAGAUCGAGCCGGUGGAUGUCAUCCUCGUGGGAGGUGGCAUCAUGAGUGCAACCACUGGCCUGCUCUUGAAGCAGCUGGAGCCAAGCUGGCGCAUUGUGAUGAUCGAACGGCUGGAUGCUGUUGCUCAGGAGAGCUCGAAUGCCUGGAACAAUGCUGGGACUGGUCAUUCUGCUCUGUGCGAGCCAAACUACACUCCACAGGUUGGCAAGAACGUUGACAUUCACAAGGCUGUCACUGUCAAUGAGAACUUUCAGCUCAGCCGCCAGUACUGGGCCUAUUUGGCCAAGACUGGCUUGCUGCCUCAGCCGGAGCGAUUCAUCCAUACGACGCCGCACAUGACCUUUGCACGCGGCGAGGACCAGAUCUCUUGGCUGAAGAAGCGCCUCUCGGACCGGAGUUUUGAUGCGCUGAAAAGCCACACCCUCUUCGAAGGUAUGGAGUACUCAGACGACAGGAAGACGAUGGAAGAGUGGGCACCACUCAUGAUGGCGGGCCGCAAAGAGUCGGAGAGGUGCGCGCUCUCGCGGGUACCCUACGGCACAGAUGUCGACUUCGGCGAGCUCACCAAGGAGCUCACGAAAGCCUUCCUGGCGCUGGGGGGCGAAGUCCAGCUGAGAACGACUGUGUCAGAUCUUCAUAAGGAUGAGACUGCUCUCUACGACGAAUCCUGGAUCGUCAGCACGAGGAAGACCAACGGCCUCAGCAGCGGGUCCAAGCGGUACCGAACGCGGUUCGUGUUCGUAGGUGCAGGUGGCUACUCUCUUCCUGUUUUGCAGCGAUCUGGCAUCCCGGAGAUCCGAGGGUUCAUGGGAUUCCCGAUCAGUGGCGAGUUCCUGGUGUGCCAGAACCCCGAUGUGGCCAGCAAGCACGUGAGCAAAGUCUACGGCAAGGCUGCCAUUGGCGCUCCCCCGAUGUCAGUGCCGCACCUCGAUGCCCGGCGAAUCGGCGGGCAGCCAGUGCUCCUCUUUGGGCCCUUUGCAGGCUUCAGUCCGAGGUUUCUCAAAUCCGGCUCCCUGACCGACCUCUUCAGAUCAAUCAGGUGUGGCAACGUGAUCCCAGCGGCCGCGGCGGGGCUUCAGAACUUGGACCUCUCCUUGUACUUGCUGAAGCAGCUCAUGGCCAGCAAAUCACAGAAGCUCGCGGAACUGAGACAGUUCGUCCCAGACGCGAAGGCCGAGGACUGGACCUUGGUGACCGCCGGACAGCGCGUCCAGAUCAUCAAGGGUGACCCCAAGAAGACAGGCAUCCUCCAGUUCGGCACCGAGGUGGUUGCAGCAGAGGAUGGUUCCCUGGCCGGGCUGCUGGGGGCCUCACCCGGGGCAUCGACAGCCGUGCAGGCCGGGACUUCUGUCUUGGCGAGCUGCUUCCCCGAGGAUCUGAAGAGGUGGAGCCCUAAACUUCGGGAGAUGAUCCCCAGCUUCGGCUGCCGCCUCUCCGAGGAUGCGGAGCUGGCGAAGGAGCUCCAUCAGACCACGUCGUGGCUCGGUGGACUUUGGCAGACUCUUCGAGCGUUGCACGGUAACUUGCAACUGAGCGGGCAUCGAGUUCAAGCUGUUCAGCCACCCAAACUCUGCUGGAGUAGAUGA